AUGGAUACUAUGGUGGAAGACAUGGAGAUUGACCUAAAGAACUAUGACCUGGCACUUCAAAUUGGAAGCAAGGAACAUUUCAAAGAGUCCAGCAAUACCGGUGAAACAUGGCAUAUCCCUGCCGACGAUUACUUUCACCGUUUGCAAAUGACGCAAUCGAUGUUAGACCAUAUUGCGAGGGUCUUGAAUUCGGGGGAAUUUAUUUCGUCCGACAGAGGCUUUUCAGCCUCCAUGACUCUUUUACGUCGUGAUGUGAAAGGCGGAAAACGAGCAGGCUACAAGCCAGGAGCCAAAAUCUGGGAAGAAGUGGUCAAAGAAUUGCGCUGUGUCCAUGAAAUCAAAAACAAGGAUAAAUUGUGUUGUGGCCGUGCGAUUGUAGUUAUGAGGGAGUAUGCCAAGAAAAAAGCAGGUGAAAAGAACUGUUACGAAAAUAUUCGCCAAGAUCGAGGCAAGAACAGCCAGCAACUGAAAGAAGCCAAACAGCUAUACACAGCGGCAGGCGUGCCCGAAGGAUCAUGUGGGUACGAAGAAAUUCAAAAAUUUCAAGACUAUUUGGGUCCUAUGGGUUACCAGCUGAUUGUCGUUGACCCAGUACGUGGUGGUGUCAUAUUUACUGGAGAACAAUACAAGUUUGCGCCUAAAGUGAUCCAGAUUGUGAAAACCUAUUAUGAGGACAGUGAUGGAAAAACAAAAGCCCAUUACGAUGGAUUGUACAGUGUGGCAGCUGUGAUGAACCGUUGCAAGUUUUGUCGUUAUUGUUGCAAGGGUUACAAUACAGAAGAUGCCAAACACCAUAAUUGUUUGCAUGCCAAUUGCCCUAGCUGUAUGCGGCGAAGAAAUGAAAAAUCAGAGGGAUGUCCUGACUACACAGGAUGGAGUAAACCAACCAUUACUUGUCGUACGUGUGGCAGAUCGUUUUAUGGGGAAGAUUGCUACCGGGACCAUUUGGUUCAAAAGAAAAAAGAAGAAAGCAAGAUGGAAAAAGACUUAAUAAAAGAAGUAGCGUUGGAUAAUGAUCUGACGAUUCCACCCCAGAAACCAAUGAAAAGUGUGUGUGAGAUGCAUCGCAAAUGUCAUACCUGUAUGGUCUCCUACGAAGUCAAACAAGGAAUGUCUCAUAAAUGUGGACACGGUCAAUGUGCCAAUUGUUUGAACUAUGUGGAUCUGUAUAACCACCAAUGUUUUAUUAUGAGUGACAUUUACAAGGCAAAUAAACGUUAUGACAACAAACAAAAAGCAGAAGAAAGAAUUCGAGAGGCUAUCAAAGAAAUGACCACGGAAGAAGGGAAAAAAGUGAAAGAGGCUGCAAAAAACCCCAUCACGAUUAAAGAACGGUUAGAUGCCAUGGCAAGAAAAAAACCACCAACCCAAGACGAACAAAUAGCAUACGAACAAAGUAGACAAGAAACCAUCGAAGCAGUGAAGAAACAAUUACAAGAUUUGGGGGUGGAUGUGACUGAGAUUCCCGAGGAUCAUUUACAAGAGUUCCAAUGGGAACAUUUUUCCUUAACAGAAGGGCAGAAAGACAAACAAAAAGAGCUCGUAUUUGCAGACAUUGAAUGUUGUAUUGAUGACCAAAGGCAGUUUACACCAAACCUCAUUUGUUUUGAACGAGAAACCUCAGACGAAAAAUACCAGUGUUGGGGUAGAACAUGUCUACGUGACUUUUAUAACAGACUCAUGGCAAUGCUAAAAGAACUAGAAAAAGAAAACAAUUUGCGAUGGAAUCAACUAGAAAUGCAAGUAUACUUUCACAAUUUUAGAGGAUUUGAUGGCGUGUUUAUCAUCAAGCAGCUGUAUGACAUGAACCUGAAAGUGUCUAAAGUGCUGAUGACGGGUCAGAAGAUCUUGUACUUUGAAUGUGACAGACUAAAGUUCAAGGACUCUAUGUCCUUUUUGAAUAUGCCGUUGGAGAAUUUUACCAAGACGUUUGGUUUGACUGAGCUGAAGAAGGGCUACUUUCCUCAUUCAUUUAACAGAAAAGAAAACCAGAACUACGAAGGACCAUUGCCUGACCUGAAGUAUUAUGAGACUAAUUGCAUGAACACUAAGAAAAAAGAAGCUGUAGAAAAAUGGCAUGGCGAAGAAGUAUUGAAAGGAGAAAGCUGGAACUUUAAAAAAGAACUGUUGGAGUACUGUGAAAGCGAUGUCAAGUUACUGAAGGAAGGCUGUCUAACUUUUGCUGCCGAUUUUGAAAAGGAGUGCAAGUUUAAUCCGUUGAAAGAAAAUAUCACCAUUGCCAGUGCCUGUCACAACUUUUGGCGGAAUAACCAAAUGAUUCCCUACUCCAUUGCUGUGGAACCACCCCAUGGAUGGAGUGGGGUGAAACCUGCUCAAAGCAAGAUUGAUUUCAGUGGCUGCACAUCCAAGACCAAAAGCUGGGUGGCAAUAGAAUCAAGCAUGCAGCGAAUGGGGGGGAACAAACUCUCAUGA